GCCAAGUUAACACCAUCAAACAUUCAAGAAGAACAGAACACAGAUCUCUCAUCUUCGAUGGAGCAAAAGUCAAAGUUUUCUUUCUUCUCUUCCUCAUCCCCCAAGUCUCUUCCUUCAUCUCCUCACUCAUUCACCUCCUCCCCAGCUUCUCCUCUUCACCAGGUCUUCACUCAGUCCACCAUGGACGAAGCCAUAGCGAGAGCAGAAGCCAUAAUCAAGAAAUGGGACCCUAACACGCCUUCCUUCACCAAGAUCGUCUCUCUGUUCAACCACAGCAGAAAAGAAGCCAAGGAGUUCAUCAAAUGCGUCCGUGACUUGCGCAAAGCUAUGCACUUCCUUGUCUCGCAAGACUCUCAAUCUCCAAAGCUUGCCCUAGCACAAACCCUAAUGCAAAUCGCCAUGACAAGGCUUGAAAAAGAGUUUUUCCAGAUAUUAUCUUCCAACAGAGACAAGCUUGAUCCUGAAUCAGUCUCCGGUCAACCCUCAACGUCAACCAACUCCGAGUUUGAAGAUGAUUAUGAUGAAGAUGAUGACGAUGAGAUGAAGAAAGCUAAUGAGUCCAUCACUAAAGUUGAGAAAGCUUCAGCUGUGGUGAUGUCUGACCUAAAGGCUAUAGCAGAGUGUAUGAUCAGUUGCGGAUAUGGUAAAGAGUGUAUAAAGAUCUACAAGAGGAUCAGAAAAUCUAUAGUAGAUGAAGGGCUGAGCUUGCUUGGGAUAGAAACUUACAAAAGCUCAAGGCUUCACAGAACAGACUGGGUCACGCUCGACCAUAUGAUCAAGAACUGGAUCAAAGCUGCAAAGAUUGGCGUCAUUACUCUCUUCCGUGGAGAGAAGCUUCUAUGUGAUCAUGUCUUCUCUGCUUCCAACUCAACGAGAGAGUCAUGCUUCUACGAGAUAGCAAACGAAGCAGCCACUAACCUAUUCAAGUUCCCUGAGUUUGUAGCUAAAGAGAAGAAGUCUCAUGAGAGGAUCUUCUCUUUAAUGGAUCUCCAAGCUGCCAUCUCUAAUCUCUGGCAAGACAUACAGAUGAUCUUCCACUAUGAUUCGGUAGCUGGUGUGAAGUCUCAGGCGCUCAUGUCACUUCAGAAGCUAAAGGUUUCAAUCCAUAAUGCUCUCACUGACUUUGAAUCAACGGUUCAUAGAGAUUCAACCAAAGCUCUUACACCUGGAGGAGGGAUCCAUAAGCUGACAAGAUCAACAAUGAGUUUCAUCUCUUCCUUGUCUGAACACAGCUCUGUCUUGUCUGAAAUCCUUACAGACCAUCCACUACCAAGAAACACUAGGUUACUUGAGUCUUACGUCAUAAUGUUAGAAGAGGAAGAGCACAAUCAUGCCCUCUCGGUCCAUUUCGCUUGGCUCAUCCUUGUCUUGCUAUGCAAGCUAGACACCAAAGCAGAACAUUACAAGGAUGUUUCACUAUCCUACCUCUUCAUUGCAAACAACCUUCACUUCAUCAUUGAAACGGUACGUUCGUCUGAUCACCUCAGACCCCUCCUUGGAGAAGAUUGGAUCACUAAGCACGACGAUAAACUCAGCGCUUACGCUGCUAACUAUGAGAUAUCAGCAUGGUCCUAUGUAUACAUGUCACUACCCGAGGAACCAACAGAGCUAUCACCAGAGGAGGCCAAAAUAUACUUCAGAAGGUUUCACUCGGCGUUUGAGGAAGCAUACAUGAAACAAUCAUCACGAGUUGUGCCAGAUGCUAAGCUUAGGGAUGAGCUGAAGGUUUCGAUAGCAAAGAAACUUGUACCAGAGUACAGAGAGUUUUACAACAAGUACUUACCAAUGCUUGGUCAAGAGAGGAACAUUGAGAUGCUGGUGAGGUUCAAGCCAGAUAACUUGGAGAAUUACAUCUCUGAUCUGUUCCAUGGAAUUCCAAUACUUGCUUCAUCUUCUUCUACAUCAUGGAUGUCACUUGGGCGUGUUUCAAGCUGA